AUGAAGGAAGAAGACAAACUUCAUUACAUCAUAGAAGGGCUACAAACAUGGGCUAAAAAUAAACUUCGUCGACAUGGUGCUCAAGACAUUCAUGCUGUGAUGAUGGUGGCAGAUGGCUUGAUCGACAAGAACAAUCAAAUAACAAUAAUGACAACUCACAAAGAAACAAACGACUCAGCAACAAUCACAUAUGAGAGAGUCCGCUGCUAA